GAUACAGAGCAUUACAGAGUUACUAUCAGAACCGACCAGCAAUGGCCGCGAGUGCUCCAAGGCUGCAGACGAGUAGUGGCCCCCGACCUGUCGGACCCACUCACGUCUACCCGCCCAACUCCCAGAUGAUGAUGAUUUCCCAGCAGCAGCUGUCUUUUGCUGGCUCCCCUCAGGGAUACUUCAUCCCCCCUGGACAGUACCGGGCCCCAUAUAUGCCUCCUACUCAGCAGUAUCCAGUGAACGCCGGUACAGCAGGCUUCUACCCGGGAACUAGCCCUGCUGAAUACCCUGCUUAUGCAGGAGCAUACUAUCCAGCGCAGCCGCAGUACUCCCCAGCUGUCCAGCCGGCACCUGUCAUGAUAAACCCCGCCCAGCAACAGCAACAAGCCCCGCCUCCUCAGCAACCACCGGCACCGCCACAAGGGCCACCAAAGAGGGAACGCAAACCGGUAGUGUGUCUCAACAAAAGGGCAGCGCGCCUCUUGUCUGAGAUAAGGAUACGAGACCCCAACCAGGGCGGGCGUGAUAUCACAGAGGAGAUCAUGUCGGGUGGAAGAUCCACCACCACACCGACCCCCCCACAGGCUUCCACAGCAGAAUCGAGUCCUGCACAGACAAACGGAGAAGUUACACAGCCAGCCACUACAGUGACUAGAAUAGAUGACAACACUGAGCCUCCUGUGAGCGCUGAAACCCCCCCACCUCCUGCCACAGCAGAAUCAGAGCCUGUGGAGGAAGACCAACAGGAAUCGGAUGACCAGAUGACACCGCCUGCUGAGUUAGCCACACAAUCUGUAGCCCCUGCAGCCGCCGCUGAGGUGCCGCCCCCAUUGAAAAAGGACCUGCCGCCUCCCUCCCCCCGCCCUGCAGCAGCAGCAGCAGCAGCAGCAGCAGAGCCUACUACUACUCCUGCUGAGGCCGAAAACCCAGUUGAUGCUAAAGUAAGUGACACGGUAGACGCUCCCGUCAGCCCUUCAGCAUCAUUAGCAGCAAAAGAGGCGCCUGUCAGGAAGGAAGAACCACAGGCUGCUCCAGCUCCCGCUGAGAAGGUACUAGAAAAGGAAGAAAAUAAAAUGGAGGAGGAGAAGAAAGAGGAGGAGAGUAAGGAGACUAUUGAAGAUGCCCCUCCUGCCGCUGUAAGCUGCCCUACGGAGGAAUCUACUAUGCAAGCUGCAACGUCCGUGCCAAAGAAGAGGAAGAACAUGAAGGAGCUCAACAAGAAGGAGGCCAUCGGAGACCUCCUGGACGCCUUCACAGAGGAGCAAGAAGCCAAGCCUGCUCCCGAACCCUCGUCCGCUCAGGCCGACCCGGCACCUGUUGCGCCGCCCGCGCCUCCUGCUGAAGUUGUGGAUGAAACCUGGGAGGAGAAGGAGGACAAGCAGAGCGAUAAACCUAAAGCAAAGACUGAGCCAACUGAGGCGAAAUACCAGUACAAAGAAGAACAAUGGAAGCCGAUAGACCCAGAAGACAAGAAGCGGUACGACCGGGAGUUCCUCCUGGGCUUCCAGUUCAUCACCGCCAGUAUGAACAAACCUGACAACCUGCCCACCAUCAGUGACGUGGUCCUGGAAAAGGCAAACAAGACUCCGAUGCGGCCUCCUGACCCAGCUCGCAUGAUGAAUGUCGGUCCUGAUUUUACCCCCUCUUAUUUGGGGAACCUCGGAAGCAGAUCGACGGGGGGACCCCGAGGCCCACCACCGGGCGGGUCGGGCCAUGGCGGGUCGGGCCACGUCGGGCCACGCCGCUCCCAGCAGGGUCCGAGGAAAGACACCAGGAAAAUCUUCACCAGCUUGUCCCUCGGGGAAGACAUACAGCUCAACAAGGCUGAGAAGGCCUGGAAACCCGGGGUGAAGAAGUCCACUCAGAGCCACACCGAAGAGGUGGCCGAAGACGACGACCCCGAACAGGCGAAGACUGCCGAGCUGUUCAAGCGUCUGCGCAGUAUCCUCAACAAGCUCACCCCUCAGAAGUUCCAGGAGCUGAUGAAACAAGUGCAGGAUCUGACGAUAGACACCGAGGAGAGGCUGAAGGGAACCAUUGACCUCAUCUUUGAGAAGGCCAUCUCAGAACCCAACUUCUCUGUGGCCUACGCCAACAUGUGCCGCUGCCUUAUGGGGUUGAAAGUCCCUGCCACAGACAAACCAGGAGUUUUAGUGAACUUCCGCAAACUGCUGCUCAACCGCUGCCAGAAAGAGUUUGAGAAGGACCAGGACGACGAUGAAAUCUUUGAGAGGAAGCAAAAAGAAAUGGAGGUUGCCAAAGAAGGAGAGGAGCAAGAGCGCCUGAGAGUGGCGCUGCAGAACGCCAGAGACCAGGCCCGCCGCCGCUCAAUGGGUAACAUCAAGUUCAUCGGAGAGCUCUUCAAGCUGAAGAUGCUGACGGAGGCCAUCAUGCACGACUGCGUAGUGAAACUGCUGAAGAAUCAUGAUGAAGAGUCUCUGGAGUGUCUCUGCAGGCUGUUCUCCACCAUCGGCAAAGACCUGGACUUUGAGAAGGCCAAGCCUCGCAUGGAUCAGUAUUUCGCCCAGAUUGACAAGAUCAUCAAAGAGAAGAAGACUUCAUCCAGAAUCCGCUUCAUGUUACAAGACGUCUUGGACCUCCGAAGGAGUAACUGGGUGCCGCGUAGAGGAGACCAGGGGCCGAAAACCAUCGACCAGAUCCACAAGGAGGCAGAGCUGGAGGAGCAAAAGGAAAUGAUGAAAGUCCAGCAGAUUAUGUCCAGAGGAGGAGGAGGGGAGGCGGUGGAGGCAGAAGGGACAUGGGAGGGAACAUGGGGGGCCGAGGCUCUCACCCACAGGCGGGCCGCGGGACCAGCCAGCCUCAGGACGAGGGCUGGAACACGGUGCCCAUCUCCAAGAACAGACCCAUCGACACCAGCCGCCUCAGCAAGAUCACCAAGCCUGGUUCUCUGGACUUCAACAAUCAGCUGCUGGCUCCAGGGGGGAAAGGCACGUGGGGCAGCUGGGGCAAAGGCAGCAGUGGAGGAACCGGAGCCAAACCAGCCAUCGGAGAGCCGGAGCCUGGUCGUCAAUCUACCAGCACCGUCAACCGCUUCUCAGCGCUGCAGCAGUCUGGCACCGCGCCGUCUGCCACGGACUCUGAUCGCAGAGCUCCUCAGAGGUCAAGCUCGAGCCGUGAGCGUGGCGGGGAUCGCUUUGAACGAUCGGAUCACAGCGAGGGACGGGGGGGUCGUGACGACAGCAGCAGUCGCAACCAAAUCAGCAAGAGGAGCUUCAGCAGAGAGUCUCAGGAGCGCGGCGGGAGGACCGGAGACCUGCGGGCGGCCACUGAGGCGGUGCGGCGCGUCGCCAGCAUGACUGACGACCGGGACCGAGGAAGUCGGGAUCGGGGCAGUCAGGAUCGCGGCAGUCGGGAUCGGGGCAGUCAGGAUCGCGGCAGUCGGGAUCGGGGUAGUCAGGAUC